ACUCUUUAUUCUCCUAACUCCUCUCUCUCUCUCUCUCUAUAUAUAUAUAUAUCAGUCUCUUUCUAGUUGACUCCAUGGACGCUCUGAACUUCUUCAAGUUCUGGAGGAAUGCCAUCAUGACUAACACUACUUCCAACACAGCUCCUCAUCUUGUUGUAGAAACAGACAGCGAAUCCGACGAAGACGACUCGUUCUUCGACUUGGAACUCACGCUACACGAUUUGGACAACAAAGAAAACAGCAACAACAAAACCGACGAAUGCUCCUCAGAAAACAAGGUAGGGAGAGAAAGCAAAGUCCUUUGUUUCAAAGAUGGACUCGGUAAAACAGCAAAGAGUGCUAACGACAACAGUGAAGUUGAUGUUCCGCGAAAAACAACACUUCCUCUGUCCUCUAACGAACCAAUCUCCAAAAGAAAAGUGCUCCCAAUCGAGCCUAUUUCUAAACCUCAAUCUCCCAUUGCACUUCUCAGAUCAGCCCCGAGCUUCAGAAUCUUCAUGUUCAGGAAGCAAAAGCGAAUGGCAGCACAGAAAACACAUGAACCUGCUAAAGUUGGUUGUGACAUGGGGAGGAACCAGAAGAAAGAAACCAAGGUCUUCGCAGUGAAACUAAACAUUGAAGAAUUCCGUAAUUCUACGACGCUUAGCAGAGAUAACAGCACGAGAACCUUCGGAAGCAAGGUUCGAAAUCAUGGUUCUGAAGAUCCAAAGCCAGAGCGGUUUUCAAAGGAGGUAUUGCAGAAAUAUCUGAAGCUGAUUAAGCCUCUGUAUGUCAAAGUCUCAAAGAGGUACAGUGAGAAGACGAAGUUCUCAGGGGAGGCAUCCACGGCUUCGCCAUCGUCGUCACCGUCGAUGGCCUCUGUUUCUUCGAGAAAAGAGAAACAAGGGGGUUUUCCGGCGGGGAUAAGGGUCGUUUCUAAGCAUCUGGGUAAGAGCAGGUCGUCAUCGACGGCAACCGGAGUAGGUUCUCCGGCGAACAGGAGUGAUGAUACGCUGCUGCAGCAGCAUGAUGGGAUACAAAGCGCUAUUCUGCAUUGCAAGAGGUCAUUCAACUCCAGAGAAGGAUCAACACAUUCGCUGAGAAACUCUUUCGAGGAUGAAGAUGGGGCUUAAGGGUGAUACUAUCUAUGUAUGUUGGUUGGACUCUGAAAGAGAAAAUGCGGGAACAAAGAGCACAUAAUUGUAGUUGAUGACCAUGACGUUGAAAAAAGCUACAUAGAAGACAAGGAGAAAGAUUUCAAUAGAGAAAAAAAUAAAUAUGAAAAUCUUGUUUGUUUUUUUUUUUUUUUUUUGUAGUUUGUAAAGGAAAGUAACUUGGAGGGAAAAUAGGGGAUGAUGUUGUGGAAUUUGUUUAGGCAUGAUGAUUAGUUAGUAGUGUGAUAGGCUCCCCUGCGGGUCAGUGUACAUUUGAUGGGCCAUUGUGAACAGAAUCCAAUUUACCUCUGAUUC